AUGCAUGCCAGGCGCGUGCACGACUGCAGACGUUCACACCAGGUGCGCGUGUGCGCACUGUCCCGCGUGACUGUUAUUGCAGACACUGUGCUGCGCGCCUGCCUGCGCUCUCCUCGCCGCCCUCGGGGAGCGUCCCCGUGUCGGGUGGUCCCAUAUAGGCUUUGCCACCCAGCCGUAGUGACAUUCGAGACCCCGCUUCCUUGGGCUCUGGUGGGGGGCACGCAUACUGAACGCUGCUUUCCUUCUCUGCAGCUCAGCUCCAAUGAGUCAUCGACCUCCACGGAGGCCCCCGGCGGGCAGGAGAAAGCCAAAGCCGGGAACUCCAAGAAGGUGGAGGAGGAAGAGGAGAUCGACAUAGACCUGAACGCUCCUGAGACAGAGAAGGCUGCGCUCGCUAUCCAGGGCAAGUUUCGCCGCUUCCAGAAACGGAAAAAGGACUCGGGGCCUUGAGCAGCACCUGCAUCUCCAGUCCUGCGCUCCCAGUGGCCCCAGGCCACCCUGCCCUGAUCGGGCUCCUGUUCUCUGCACGUCGCACGUCUCCGGCUGGGGGCACAGCCCUGUCCUGGCUUCACCUGCCUCCCCAGCGUCACCUCUGUCCUCCGGGAGCUGUGCUGAUGGUGUGGUGCUGUCUCUGCAAAGCCGUGGGGCUGGGGCCUGGGGGUUCCCACUAGGCUGGGGGAGCUUAGCCUUUCCUUACCCCUUGUCCAGCCCUGAGCUGGGGCCCUGCCUGCUGGGGUGGGGGGAUGCCCUGAAGCCAGUGGGGAG